CGCAAUCAAGGCCAGCUAAUGGCAUUGUGCGGUCCCUGAGCAGACCUCAGCUUGACCUUCAGCAGUCCGAUUUCUCCGCCAUUCGCUCCACGCUGCAACUCUUCUGUGCAGCCAUCAUGCGCGGCAUAGCUUUCUUGUCGGCCUUGUGCGCCGCGGCUCUUGUCCAGGCCAACUUUCACACGGCGCAGAUCUACAUCCAGCCCGUCGAAAACUCAGAGUCACCCACCCUCCUUGCAGAGCUCGCAUACGAUCCCAGCCUUACCACAUCCUCCUCUAUCAUCUCCUACGAAGCUCCUGAAAUCCCUGAGUCCACACAGCUGGUCCGUGUAGGGCUGUACGACCCAAAGUCCUCGACGUGGAUAUCUGGCACGACUGUUGCUUCGGUGGACAAUUUCAGCAAGGGCUUCUCUCCCAAUUUGAUAUUGUCCAUCGAUGAGAAUGGAGAAGUCUUGAGCGCCGCGCUGAAGGGAGUGAAGAUCGAUGCAGGCCAGACGAGAGACUUUGGACCACAAGCUGUUGUGCUUCCAGCGCUCAAGGGCAAGCAGCCAGAACUGAACAAGCCUAUCGUACUCUCACCAGAGGGCAAGAAGGUUAAGGAAGAGGAGAAGACAUUCCUGCAAAAGUAUUGGUGGAUGAUUGGCAUUGUGGUGUUCCUGGCAAUGAGUGGAGGAGGCGAGAAAUAGAGUUGACAAUUCACGCGUACAUUAAUUUAAGCAAUGAAAUUCUUGGCUUGCGGCCAUUGACAGAAGCGCAACUUCUAUGAUCUACCUAAUCUCAUUACGACUGAGACUUUGCCAUUGCAUCUUGAUAUCUAAAACAGCCAAAGUCAACACAGUCCUAUGUGUCCAUCGUACCCAUCACCCCCUCGAUUACCUAGUCGAUGCUAGAAUAGGUACUC